AUGAACAGCCAAUUCGCUCUAUCCCUUGAGUUGACGCGCUUGAUUCCCCUUAUUUUCAACACGGGGCCGGGUAAGUAUGUCAUGAAGCUCGCUAGGGAUUUGCAACUCUCAGGAUCCGACCUUAUUACCGAGGAGGACCUAGCUUCAAAGGUCGGCAGAUGUCGUAUUGAUGGUCAGAUUGCUUCCAGUUUCAGAUCCCUCGUGUCCAAGUCGGCAUACUCGCGUCUCUGUGAAGGCAUAGUCCUCGAGGCUGGAGCCGGGCCAACUAUCUCCAGAGCACUAGUAACAGGGCAAAACGCAUACUUUGCAACUGUUGUGCAGCUCUCAAUGUUAGUUGCGUGUUUCACGAAGGAAGCAUUAGCCGUCGCCAUAUAUGAGAUGUUCGAAAUAGAGCUUGAGGAGGCUCCAGAAGGUUCUUCAAUCAGGGCGAUGCCGAGUGAGCAGGCAAUCGCCGGUGUUCUACGCGCUUGCGAAGACCAAACGACCCAAUACGACUGGACUCUUGUGCUCCUCGCGGUAGCCUAUCGGCUGGGACUUCCACAGAAUGUACUGACCCGACACCUCCCUGGAUCAAUAUUCCGAGGGCUGGUCUACAUGUUACCACUUGUGCAGCAGCUUCCUGAUGAUCGCAUGAUACUGGUGGAGAUUGAAGACAGACUCGGAAUCUGCCCUAUCAUUGUGUGGGCACACCAUAUAUGCAGCCUCAAUGUGGCAGUGCGGGUGUAUAGGAGUGGCUCAAAUGCAUCUGGGCAGGUCAUCUUCGGCUCUGAGCCAGUACAGAUGGUCAUUGCAGUCAGGUCCAGCUCGGAUGAUUGGUACUCUCAUGCAGUGGUUCCCUCCAUUACACUACUCAAGUCUUCAUCUGCGGAAGAGAAGGAGGCUUUAAUCACGCUUGUCCCUGAUCCCGACGAGUCGAAGCUCGAGGCCGUACACAGAAUAGGCGCGGAAGGCUACGGAAAAGCUGUCUUGCAAGAUGCGGCUCUUCAAGUCAAGGAAGGUGCAGAUGCCAUUGCGGAGGACAUCAUGUUCAUCUCGUACGCCUUGGCUAUUUUGAUCGCAGGACACCUAGUCAUUCGACCAGAGUUCGGUGACCGCACUGCAUCUGGUUCAGCAGCAACCGAAGGCAAAGUUCAAGCUACGGGCAAUAGCCAAGAGAAUGAGAAGCUCACCGGUGAGGCGGAAACAGAUUCUACAACAUUAGCGCCUUAUCAUAUUCCCACUCACCGGAUUCACGAUGCGGCAGACCUUCUCUUCUCGCGGAAAAGACCACCCAUGGGAGUGGUUGAAGACUAUGUAACUUUCUUCCGCACAAGAGGUACCGGCAUUGUUGGAGCUCCUCAUCGAAUCGACGCGAUCCUCAAACGACCUUCCAACGCGAGUCCUAAUGAUCAGGGGCACUGGUGGCGUCUUCUGCCUCUAGCGAGAUACCUUGCAGUCCUUCUCCUUGCAUUCGCGAAUAUCUCGGAGUCCUCUUCCUGUCGCGAGAUACCGCUAUCGUUUGACUGCGCAAUGCUACGACACCAUCCUCUUAUCUGGGAGCUACAGGAAUGGGAUGGAAAGUCUGACAUUGCUAUCGGGGAAUUCACGUGGUUCAGAGCCAUUGGCAUCCUUCUUACCAAUCAGACCCUCCCAGAGAAUGGGCCAUUCCCUUCCCUUCUAAGUGACUGUGGAUGGAGCAUCUUCCUUAGUACUCUCGACCAACAAUCCCAAGCUUUACCCAGGGCACAAAUGAAAGACCCCAUGACGGUUUAUCCAGGAUUGGUCUUCCUGAGACAAGGCGUACCUAGCAGAAACGGCGUCCGUAAACAUGCCAUCUCUGAUGCUCCGUCAACUCAAGGUCCUACGCCAGCUACCUACAGCUCGACCAUCGAAAGGAUGGAACAGGCGACUUUAAGAUGCUUCGGAUCAUUCAAGCUGGGUCUGCCGCUGUAUGGUGAGCAGCAGCAGAGUUUUAUCGUCACACUUCGUCUAAAUCGAGAAGCAAUAAACUUCAGAGAUUUUAUCCCGGACACUAAUAUUUCCAUACAGCGGACCGGAUUCUCUGAGCUAUUCAGCGCGAUAUGGACGGUGCUAAGGACGAACCCUUGCCAGGGCCAUAAUGCUUUGACUGCCUCAAAAACGAUUGAGCUGCCGCCCGGUUACGCAACAGUGGCAGAUUGGAAUGAGGAGCUGGCAGAGCCUGAAGAGAGAGCGAGAGUUCUCAUCACUCUGACCGCAGGAAACUCGACGGCUCGGUGGCGGACACUGGUAUCAAUUGUGAGAGCUAGGCGUCGCCUGCAUAGUGAUCAUCACAACAGUGAUGACUUUCCUGGUGUUCUGCUACGUGGAGACGAUUGCUGCUUUCAAUGCGCGAUUGACCAGACCGCAAUGUUGACAGGAAGGUGGAGGCUGGUAUUGUAA